UACAAACACCCCCCCUACAUAGAGAGAGAGAGAGAGAGAGAGAGAGAGAUGGAUUUGCUUUCACCGCUUGUCUUGGUAAUGGCAAUGCUUUUGUCAGGGCCAAAAAUAUAUGAAUGUGCAAGAAUCUUCACCAUAAUAAACAGUUGCAAGGAAACAAUCUGGCCUGGAAUAACCCCUGGCGACAACUUUAACGGUGGAGGUUUUGCAUUAAAAUCUGGCCAAUCUAUUGUCUUUCAAGCCCCAGUAAGUUGGAGUGGCCGCAUAUGGGGUCGAACCGGUUGCAAGUUUGACAAAAACGGCAAUGGUCCAUGCCAGACAGCGGACUGUGGCAACACCCUUAAGUGUUCAGGCUCAGGCAAAACCCCAGCAUCACUUGCUGAAUUCACCCUUUCUCAAUUAGAUUUUUACGAUGUUAGCCUAGUUGAUGGAUUUAAUUUGCCACUAGCUGUUACACCCAUCAAUGGUAAGGGAAACUGCACCGUUGCAGGUUGUGAUUCAGACCUGAGGAAAAAUUGCCCCUCCGAACUGAGUGUCAAGGCCAAUGGGAAGGUAAUAGCUUGCCGUAGCGCCUGCGACGUAUUCAACACCGAUGAGUAUUGCUGCAGAGGGCUAUACGGGAACCCUGUGGUUUGUCAACCAACAUAUUAUUCCAAGAAGUUCAAGUCUGCAUGUCCUACAGCAUAUAGUUACGCAUAUGAUGAUCCCACCAGUAUUUUCACUUGUUCUGGAGCAGAUUAUGUGAUCACCUUCUGCUCAGCCAGCAUAUCAAGGGAAGUCUAUUGCUGCUAAAAUAAUUGCAACGUUUAAGUCAAGUGGAUUUUCCAUCCUAGAAAGGAAGGAUUGAUUAAUAAUCAAUCACCCAAAGCUAAUGAAGCCCGCUCAUUUUAUCAUCUCUUGGUGAUCCUGGUCAAAGAAAUGCAUCUCCUAUUAAGUAACCCUUAAAAGCUAUUUUCAUGUGUUUUUAAGUCCUCUCUUUUGUAUGUUCUGCUGACAUAUUUUGAUUGAAAUCUUAGUAGCUAGCUAGUCCCCCUCUGAUUAACGAUUUAUGAAUUAAACAUUUCUUGU